AUGAAAGAGGAGGAAGAAUCACUUACAUUACCCUCUGAGAGGGUAUAUGUUGAAUUUAUCCAUACAGAGAAUGGGUGUGGGAAAAAGGGAGAUAAAAAUAAGGAGGAUGAAGUAAAGGCAAAAGUGAAGGUUGCAUUGGGAGAGUACAGCAUUGAGGGUGAAGAUAUAAUCGAAGGAGUGGCGAACGCCUACUGUUAUGCAUGUAACGAAGGGAAAAAAAAAGGAGCGGGAGAAUACUAUGAUUAUUGCCAUUUCCUGUAUCAUUGGAUAGGUGAUGAAGUGAUGAAGAAAUUGAAGCAAGGUGAGCACCAAUUUGGGGAUGUUAUGGAAGGAAUUUACAAGGAACUUGCGGAAUUCUCAUGUACAAACAAGUGUAGUACUGUAUUCUAUAAAAUUAACCAGGACCUUUUUGAAUUAGGGAAAAAAGUAUUUGAUUACAAGUAUGACUAUACUGCUCUUCAGGAGAAUGUGGAGUGUCAGCAAUACUCCACCAGUAAAAAAUUGGGACAAAAAUUGACAGAAGCUCAGGAAGCAUAUUCACAGUUACCUAGUAAGUGUAAUAAUGACGGUGAUGAUGAAUAUUGUAAAACAUUAGGGAAGAAAGAUAAUGAGUGGGACCCGCAGGAACUAUCUGAAUUAACAUGUACACCCGUGAAGCCACCAAAACCUGGAACAGUGGAAGUCCAAGGACAACAGAAGGAUUAUAAACCCACUUUAUAUUCAGAAUGGGUGUACCAUAUGUUGCAUAACGGGUACGAACGUGCAGAUCCCUCUGACGGAGUCGUCAUUGCGUUAAAAGGCAGGUUAAGUGUAUAUUCUGCUCUUAGCAUAUGGUCAGAACGAAUUCUUGCCGCACUGGAAUUUGUAUCUACCGUAAAAAGGAAAAGCCCGAGGGAUAAUAUACCCUGUUAUUGGUUCUAUUAUUGGUUAGGGGAUAAGGUACAGACAACUGUAGAAAGGACGGAAGAAUUUUCAACUGCUGUGAAUAGCGUAUACGAUGCGCUAAGGAAAGUUCUUGGUGAAAACAAAUGUGACGCACUGGGAUUUCACAGUAGUAAGGACAAAUUCGAAAAGGGGAAGAAACUGUUUGACCUUAAGCAUGACCACAAUCCAAAUAACGAACAAUUACAAAAGUAUUAUGAACUUUGUAAUAGUGCCUAUCAAGAACAGUACAAGACCACUCCCCCUAAAGUUCCUUCUGCCUCCGAUGUGAAGGAACAAUGUAAAAGUGGUAGUAGUGAAGAAUAUUGUACCAAAUUCAUGCAAAAAUAUGGGGACCACAGCUGCCAACAGAGCUCAUCAGAAUUGAAGUGUAAUUUGACGGAGCAACCCGAAAGUCCGCAAUUUAGGGAAUUCGUGAGAACUGAUGUAGAGAGCAACAUCCCAGCUGCCAUUUCCUCUAUACUCGGGGCAAUAGUCGGCCUACCAGUGACAACAUUUUUUCUUUAUAAAGUAAGUAAUAGUUACUAUGGUAGGAAUUUAACUGGUAGUAAUAAUAAUAUAUAA